AUGACAACGCCAUCUCGCGAUGGUGGCUUCAGCGAUCUAAGCUUCAUUUCUGUAGGUGAUCCAUACGACCAGAAGAAAGCCAAGGAACGAGGUCUGGGAGGUGACUUUAAGCCAUUCCUCACCUGUCCUCCGAAAAAGGGCCAGCUUGCUGCUACUUUUGGUCCCGGUUUCCCGAAAUACGAUCCACUUGGCGGUGAGUACGCAGAGCAAUACAAACUUGAAGCUCGACGUCGACUUGAGAACACGAAACAGUUUGUCAAGCCGAUGGGAUUCUCGUAUUCAAACCCGUCCCAGAACCAUACUGGGUCUGGCGACUACUACGGCGCAUUCGGGAAAUAUGAACGUGACGAAGACGAUAUCAAGAAAGCGGCUGAGGAGAAUGCAGCACCGAAACCCAAUCCAAAAGACAAACAGUUCGAAAGGAAGAAUGUGCUUACAAACCCGGGGCGUCGAGGCACUUUCGGGUAUGCUGGUACUUUGAUCGGCGGGAGUCUUACUGCCAUGGACGCUGACUUCGGGUCGGAACGACGAGCUACUAAGAUCCUCGAAGCUAAGCACAAAGCAGCGAUUGGUGACCGCAAGCCCUUUAAGUCUACUACUGAAGGAGUCGAUUUCUUCGACAGUCACGAACACGUUGCAGCGUCACGUGUAAUGGGGUGGGAUGAUCAGUGUCUGGCUAAGCCGCCAGGUGCACAAGAGCUUAUGAACCCCAAGGAGCGUGCAGCAGCUCGAGCUCUAACGUACAAAGUCUGGAAGCCCAAUCAUCCGAUUAAAAUAGGAGAAGAAGGCACGUUCGAGAAGUUUCCAGAGAGACUACCAGAGCCAUACGACGAAGCCAUCGUGAAUCGUGCCAUGCUACCCAAUCGCCGUAACCCCGUCAAGAUAGCGACCAAGGACUUGCCCAGCUCACUACGCGAGCGUAGGGCAUUUAAACCCGGUGGUGGGCCAAAGACCAAGCUGACUCGAGGCACCUGUCUGCUAGGUAUUUCAAAGCACCACGUUUAA